UGUACCACUGUAUGAUGGAUUCUUCCAAAUUUGACAGUUCUUCAUACUUUGGCAGAAUCCAUGGAAUUCUAAUGUAUAAAGAUUUUGUUGAAUUUUGGGAUGAUGUGGAGGCAUUCGAAGCAAGACCAGAUGACCUUGUCAUUGCCACCUAUCCCAAAUCUGGCACAACCUGGCUUAGUGAAAUUGUAGACAUGAUCUAUAAAGAGGGUGAUGUGGAAAAGUGCAAAGAAGAUGCCAUAUUUAAUCGAGUACCUUACUUGGAAUGCAGAAAAGAAGAUGUAAUGAAUGGAAUAAAACAACUGAAACAGAUGGCAUCUCCUAGAAUAAUGAAGACUCAUCUGUCAGCUGACCUUCUUCCAGGCUCAUUUUGGGAAAAGAACUGUAAGAUGAUCUAUCUUUGCCGGAAUGCCAAGGACGUGGUUGUUUCUUUUUAUUAUUUCUUUCUAAUGGUAGCUGGGCAUCCACAUCCUGGAUCUUUUCAAGAGUUUGUGGAGAAAUUCAUGGAUGGAGAAGUUCCUUAUGGUUCCUGGUAUAAACAUGCAAAAUCUUGGUGGGAAAAGAGAAAGAAGCCACAUGUGCUAUUUCUUUUCUAUGAAGACAUGCAGGAGGAUAUCAAAAGAGAAGUGAUAAAAUUAAUGCAAUUUCUGGGAAGGAAGCCAUCAGAGGAGCUUGUGGACAAGAUUGUACAACAUACUUCAUUCCAUGAGAUGAAGAACAAUCCAUCUACCAAUUACACAAUGCUACCAGAUGAAAUCAUGAACCAAAAGAUAUCUCCCUUCAUGAGAAAGGGGAUUGUGGGAGACUGGAAGAAUCACUUUACAGUGGCCCUGAAUGAGAAAUUUGACACACACUACGAGCAGGAAAUGAAAGGGUCUACAUUGAAAUUACAAACUGAGAUCUAA